AUGAAUGUGGAAUUGGGGAACAUGGAGCGUUCCAAUACUUUCGAUGUUGUUUCACUACCACCAAAGAACAUGGUGCAGUUUCAUGCGGGGAUGAGUAUUGUCUCUGAUCGUCUCUCGUCUGGAGCAGACUUUUAUUCUUGGCGAAGGUCAGUUCAAGUAGCUCUUAAUUUUAGGAAUAAACUUGGAUUCAUUGAUGGAACUCUCAAGAAACCUGCUGAUGAUCAUCGUGAUUUUGGUACUUGGUCACGCUGUAAUGAUAUUGUAUCCACAUGGAUUAUCAAUUCCGUUGAUAAGAAGAUUGGUGCUAGUUUGUUGUUCAUUCCUACUGCCGAAGGCAUCUGGAAAAAUCUCAUGUCUCGCUUUAAACAAGAUGAUGCACCGCAUAUCUUUGAGAUAGAACAAAAGCUCAAUUCUAUUCAACAGGGUUCAUUGGAUGUUAAUUCAUAUUACACUCUUUUGGUGACUUUAUGGGAAGAGUACAAGAAUUAUGCCGAGCUACCUGUUUGCACUUGUGGUAAAUGUGAAUGUAAUGCAGCUGCUUUGUGGGAAAAGCUACAGGAACGGAGUCAAGUGACUAAGUUCUUGAUGGGUCUCAAUGAGUCUUAUGCAUCCACACGAAGGCACAUUCUGAUGCUAAAGCCUAUCCCAAGUAUAGAAGAGGCUUUUAACAUGGUGACUUCUGAUAAAAGGCAGAGGUCGAUCAAGCCAAAGCCUGAUACCAUGAUCUUUCAAACAUCUGCUCCCACUCAAGACAAUGUUGUUUAUCUAGCUCCUUUCGACAAUGUUGCUUUUGCUGCUAUUCAGAAUACCUAUCACCCUCGAGGUUCUCGACCUUUAUGUACCCAUUGUGGUCAAACUGGACAUGUGGUACAAAAGUGCUUCAAGCUCCAUGGUUAUCCUCCGGGUUACAUACCAGGAUUCAAGAGCACUUUUGCUAACUACCAAGCAGCGAAUCAGCAGCGAGCAUCCGCACCGGGGAAUCAAUUCCGAGGACAUUCACCUAACCCUCGACCUCCAGUACACACGGUUGCAAAUGUUGUUACAAAGACUUCUUCUCAUUUGCAAUCUGCUCCUGCUGCUGCCUCCAAUCUUGAUGUGAGUACUCUGACAGGUGAUCAGAUACAAACCCUUAUUCAACAACUGAAUGCUCAGGUUAAACCUUUGGAUGGUCCAGUUUCAUCUUCUCAAGUCUCGUCCAUUAAAGAACAUGGUGCUAUGGCUAUUCAGUCUUCAUCUGGUAAUCCUUUAACAUUUCCAACUCGUUUUUCUUCCUCCUCUUUACGUUUUGAGAACAACUGCCUUACUUUUCAACAUCAAUGUCUAUCAUCUCUAUCCAAACACAUUCCUCAUGGUAGUUGGAUCAUAGAUACUGGAGCAACUAGCCAUGUUUGCUCUGAUUUGACCUUUUUUAGUGAAACAGUUACUAUCUCAAGUGUCACAGUCUCGUUACCGAAUGAGGCUAAGGAGUCUAUUCAGGACUUGAUGAUUGGUAAAGACUACUUGUUACAUAAUCUUUACGUUCUGCAUCUUGAUUCGUCUCCUGCAAUCAUCCCUGAGUUAUUGGCAUUCGCAUCUCCUGCUCAUUUCACUGGAUCCUUGGAAGUCGAUGGACAUCUUUGGCACCAACGCCUUGGACAUCCAUCUCCUGACAAGUUAAAGCUUCUUACUGAUUACUUUCAUAAUCCAUCAUCUCAUACUUCUAGUUCUUUGCAUACAUCAUCAUCUGCUACAUCUCGAGCAUCCACAAGUCAAAAUCCUACUGGUGACUCUUCUGAUGAUGAGACUGUGACUCCCGGGACGACCAUUGUUUCACCAUUAAAUGUCAGGCCAAGGCGAUCAUCUAAAGCACCAGGUUAUCUUUCUGACUAUCACUGUUCUCUCGCACAAAUUUCUUCAUCUUCAUCUUCUUUAGCUCCACUUUCCACUAAAACACUAACCACUCCUUAUCCUUUAUCAUCUUAUCUCACCUAUUCUAAUCUGAAACCGUCUUGA